AUGGCGAAAGCUUCAGAAUUUGCAACCGGGCAUCAUGACCGAGUGACGGUCCUACACACAAACUUUGACGCCAGCAGAAUCCUGACUGGCUCGAUCGAUCAUCGCAUCAAAGUUUGGAAUCGGGAUCCUAAAACCGGGGAGAGGACGUUACUCGACACUUUCACAGCGCAUGAUUCUGACAUUCGUGAUGCCAAAUUCCUGCAUCCAACACUAGGGUCGUAUAUCGCCAGCAUCGGCAACGACUUGAAAUGUCACGUGUGGAUGGAAGAACCGAGUCAAGCACCGAACAACGGGCACCGAUUCCGACGCAUCGCCACGAUUCCUAGCACGCCGCGCGUGCCUUUUGUGUCGAUGGACCUCAAGACGGUCGACAACGUGUACACGUACCUGGCACUGAUCGAUCGACAGGGCCUGCUGAGUGUGUACGAACCCAGUAGCCCCGAUGAUCUGAAGGACUGGAUCCUCGUCGACCAAUUCAAUGUCUGCGGCGCACACCCGCCAAGCAGGGGCGACGAAACGAGCUUUAAAGUUCGCUUCGAUCAGAAUGCGACGCCCUUGGCGUACAUCAACUCAGUCAGUGAUGAUCGGAGUCAAUUGAGUCUUGUGGUGAGCGCUUUAAACGAUGUCAAGGUUUACCGCUCAGUUAUUCCCACGAAUUUCGGUGGUGGCGACGGCUCCAGUCACAGGCUGAUGUUCUACGAAGCGGCGAAACUACCUCGACACCCAGCGCUGGUGCGCGACGUCGCGUGGGCGCCGUUCAGUGUACGAGGCACAGAUCGCGUCGCAACUGCAUGCAAAGACGGCUCGGUGAGGAUUUUUGAGCUCGCUGUGUUAGAGGGUCCUUCAACGGGUCUAUCAAAUGGCGCAGGAGGAGGAGUUGGAAGCACGAGCAGUGCCGCGCCAGGUAUCGCAGCAUCAAACGCGUCAACAUUCUCGACCCAAACAGCAUCCACACGCAGCUAUGCAUCCCAGCAACGCCAGCAGCCGCAAUCGUCGCUGACGUCCGCUAUCGCCGGGCGCACCGCCGCACACUCAUCAUAUACACAUUCCCCUUCUCAGUCCCAAUCACAAUCCUCCCCAGCAUCAUCCACAACGAACACGAACACAACCACCAACACGACGAGCGGCACCAACCCCUCAACAUCUGCAUCAAUGUCCGGCAACCCCCACUCACACCCUGGCGCCGACACCGCCAAUACCGAGCCACACAUAACGUCAUCGCACGCGUCGCCCAUAGCACGCACAGGGUAUACGUUCCCCUUCAUCACAUCCAUCGCGUCAACGACCACGCUGGCGCACGCCCACCCGGACGCCUGGUCGCUGAGCUUCGACGCCCAGGGCCAGGUGCUGCUGACGAACGGCGCGGACGGCGUCACGAAGAUCUGGCGCAAGAGUGUCCUUGGCGGGCAGUGGCUGGUUUUCGCGGGCCAGGAGGUUUUGGAUGGCGACGGGGAUGAGGGCAGUAGUGAGGAAAGUGAAAAGGAUGGGCUUGAGAUUGCCGAAGGCUGA